AUGUCAGAUAAGCAAUAGUAGCCUAAGAAGGGCAUGCUUAAAUUAAAAGGAAAUAAAACUGCUUCUGAUAUUGUGAGCAAUUUAAAAAGUCAAUAGGAAUUAUUGAAGAAAAGACCUAUUUAAGAAGCAUUACCAAAAGAAUAUUUGUAGCAUAAGAAAAAAGAAGAUGAAGAAAAAAAGAAAAAAGAACAAAUAGAAAAAUUAGCUUCAUAGCCAGUCACAGGCGAAAUCAAGAAAACUAAAAGUUAAGAAGCUUUUGAUGUUAUUAGAAAAAAGAGAUUUGAUGAAAAGGUAUAAUAAGAAUUAAAAAUCACUCACAGAGAAAAGCUUGAAAAAUUCAACAAAGGUUUAAGUUAACUACCUGAACAUUUUGACAUUCCUAAAGUAGGUCCUGGAUGA